GACGGCAAAACGACGACAGCAAUCGCACUGAUGGUUACGUUGUUUGACGAGGACGAAUGCCUGCUCGUGUCCUCCCCGGACCUGUGGCAGUUCAUCGAGGCGCGCACGGUGAGCGCCAUCUUGUUGGACGACAUCUUCGGCAGCGGCUCUCUGGACGAGACGCUCCUACAGAAGUGGGAGUCCAAGUUUGAUGAGAUCUACGACUGUAGCCUCGACACCCCCGAGCGACCAGGCGUCCGUAUCAUCAUCACUAUCCGACAACACAUCCUAGACCAGUGCUACUCCAGACUCGCCAAGUACAAACUGUUCGCCAAAGAGAAGAUUGUUGAAUGCACCUCCUCAGAAUUGUCAUUCAACGAGAAGCGAGCCAUGCUGGGAAAACAUCUACUCGACGAGGAGAUGGCGGUUUCGAAAACGGAAAUAGAAAAAGGUGCCAAGGCCCACAACUCUAAACUCGGGUUUCCCGAGUGCUGUGCCUUGUUCGUGAGUCGGGAGUCGUUCAUGAACAUCGGGUCGCAGUUCUUCGAGAGGCCAAUCGAGCUGCUGUUCGAGACGCUAGACCGGAUGUACGACGGCGACAAGUACGGCUACCUCGCCCUCGUGCUUCUCAUGCUUCAGAAGGACGGCAUACUGUUCGUCAACAAACUCGAGGGAUCCUCAGAUGAAAAAUUUCAGAACAAAGUAGCCGAUCUCGCUUUCUUGUGCAAGGUCCCGAAUACGGAUCAUCUGAACAAGUUUAUACUGGAUGCCCUCAAGAACACGGUGAAGUGUUUCGUGGACUACUACUCAGACCGGAAGUGCUAUACGUUCGCGCACGAAAGCAUCAUGGAAUCCAUCAUGGCUUCGUUCGGGGAGCGACAUCCACAGGAAGUGCUGGAAGGCUGCGCUCUGCCAUUCCUGAUGGAUUUCGUUGGGACCGACGAGAACUUCGAAGAACGCCCUGACGAAAUCUUCAUGAUGCGAGUGAAGAGGGAAAACUUCCUCGUCCUUGCACAGGUAUUUGAACACUACAUCCUCAAUAACGAGGUGAAGCGCAUCUCCCAGCACAGGGCCAUGAAGGAUGUCCGCUUCAUCGAGUUCUUCUUCGAGUACAUUCAGCAGAAACCAGACUGCGUCCGCAUCGUUCUCAGCGAGGACAAGAAUUUCACUGACGGUGACAGCAAACGCAAGGUCGGGCUGCUGUACGGGGCCAUUGACCAGGAAGUGCCGAACAUGGAACUAGUGUCGGCCAUCAUGAAAACAGGAAUUCACCUGAAGAAGCCCACCAAGGAGAAGUGGUGCCGCUCCGAGCUGGAGGCGGCUCUGUGCAUGGCGGUGAGGCGCGGCAGCUACGAGAUCUACAAGCUUCUCGUCGGGGCCGGGCUGGAACUUCCGGACAGCCUACUAGAGGAGGAACAGUAUCUCGUAUCCGUUGACAUCAUCAGGGACGUGCUGGGUCGGCGGUACUGGAGCGACGAGCAAAAGGACGUGGCGGUGGUGAAGGCGUCACGUGGUACCCGGCCGGAGAGCCACGAGAUUGUCACGCUUCUGUUGCAGGACUCCGCCUCCCCGAACUCCAUCAGAGCCGGAAGUACCGCCCUCUGUGAGGCCGUCAAGUCAGGCAAGCUGAGAAACGUGCUGCUGCUUCUGACGAGCGGAUCCAGCGUCGAUGACAGGGACGCCACACAACAGACGCCGCUUCACCACGCGUGUGACUGGAACAACAUCGAGGUUGUGAAGCUGCUUCUAAAGAGGAACGCCGACGUUAACGCCAAAGACACGCUUGGUUUCACGCCGUUCCUCGUGGCGGCCGGCUGGGGCCGCGAGACAAUCAUGGACCUGCUUCUCACGAAACGAGUGGACGUCCUUGCGCUGGACGACCAAGAAAACAACGUGCUCCACAUCUGCGCAGCAAAUGGCCAAACGAAAAUCAUGAAAACGCUGAUGACAAAGUUCUCAAAGGAAAUGGACUCCCUUCUGAUAGCCCGCAAUCGCCACGGGUGGACGCCGCUUGACUUCGCGUUGCGGUGCGGCCAUCUGGGCGUCACGAAACUUCUUAUCUACACAAUUCUUAAGAAAGCCGACCUGAAGGCACCAGAUCCCAAGUCGCAGCCGCCGCGCACGUUCGUGCACACGCGCUUCUUUGUGGUGAAGUUGGACGAUUUCAACGUUGACGAGAAGUUCCAGUACCGCUUCCUGAGCGAGGAGGUGGGCCGGACGUGUUUCCAGAUGCCGCGCUGCAACUGGUUCAUUCAGGCCGGAAACCGUGAUGAGUACGAAGAGGUCAGGACGUUCGCCAUCAAAUACGAGAACAAACUGAGGCAGUGCCUGGCGAAAUCAUAAAUUAUGUGCUAUCAAAUAAACUAAGACAAUGCCUGGCGAUUUUUUUAAAAUAUUUGCUAUCAAACAAAUUAAGGCAGUGCCUGGCAAAAUCAUAAAAUAUUUGCUGUCAAAUCAACUGAGUCAGUGCUUGGCAGAAUCAUAAACUAUUUGCUAUCAGACAAACUGAGGCAGUGUCUGCGAAAUUAUAAAAUAUUUGCUAUCAAAUAAAAUGAGGCAGUGCCUAGCGAAAUCAUAAAGAUUUGCUAUCAAACAAACUGAGGCAGCGCUUGACGAAGUAAUAACAUAUUCGCUAUCAAACAAACUGAGGCAGUGCCUGGCGAAAUAAUAAAAUAUUUGCUAUCAAACAAAUUGAGACAGUGCCUGGCGAAAUAAUAACAUAUUUGCUAUCAAAUAAACCGAGGCAGUGACUGGCGAAAUAAUAAAAUAUUUGUUAUCAAAUAAAAUGAGGCAGUGACUGGCGAAUAAUAAAAUAUUUGCUGUCAAAUAAAUUGAGGCAGUGCCUUGCGAAAUAAUAAAAUAUUUGCUAUCAAACAAACUGAGGCAAUGCCUUGCGAAAUAAUAAAAUAUUUGCUGUCAAACAAACCGAGUCAGUGCCUGGCGAAAUAAUAAAAUAUUUGCUAUCAAACAAACCGAGUCAGUGCCUGGCGAAAUCAUAAAAUAUUUGCUAUCAAAUAAACCGAGUCAGCGCCUGGCGAAAUCAUAAAAUAUUUGCUAUCAAACAAACCGAGUCAGUGCCUGGCGAAAUCAUAAAAUAUUUGCUAUCAAACAAACCGAGUCAGUGCCUGGCGAAAUCCUAAAGUAUUUGCUAUCAAACAAACCAAGUCAGUGCCUUGCGAAAUCAUAAAAUAUUUGCUAUCAAACAAACUGAGUCAGUGCCUGGAUAAAUCACAGCCAUCAAGAACGAGAACAAACUGAGACAUAGCCUUGCGAGAUUGUAGAAUGUUUACUAUCCAAACACCUUGUGACAACUCUUUGCAAAAUAAUUGAAUAUAUAAUGUUAAAACAAUAUGUAACAGUUCUUUGCAAAAUCAUUGAAUAUUUAAUGUUAAAAUAAUAUGUGACAGUGCUUUGCAAAAUCAUUGAAUAUU